AAACAUAUAGUGGAUGGAAUAAAUGAGAAAAAUAAAAAUGAACAUCUGCUGUUGAUUAACAAUAAUACUAAUAGUGAUAUUGGAACAAUUUCCGUGAAUUAUGAUAAUAAUAAGAUGAACAAAAAUACUGAAUUUCAACAGGAAUCAAACAUUUCUGAUCCGAUUAUUAUUAUUAAUAAUAAUAUCAAAAAAAGAAUUGUACAUGGAAAUGGAAAAAUGAUUAAAACGAAAAAUGAAAAAGAAUCCAUCGUAGAUGCUGUGAUGUCCAAUGAUGACAAUAUUCUUGUCAAACAUAAACAUGUUUCAACUAAUUACAAUCACCAAAUUUUCAUCAAUGACAAAAAGGAUGAUGAAUGGAAAAAAUUGUCGUCGUCAGCAUCAUUACAUCAAAAGCAGCAACUACAACAACAACAUGAUAUGUAUGUGCAUCCAGAUCAUUAUCAUGACGACCACGAACAACAAUGGCUGGAUAAAAAUUCAAAAUCAACGUUAUUUGAAACGACAACCAUGGUCAUCUCCGACGACAGCAACAACAAUAACAAUGAUGAUGAUGACAAGGAUUCUAAUUCUGAAUUGAAUGGCAAGAAUUCUUCGAAUUAUCAAACUAUUAUGCGAAAAAUUUUGAACACUUCGACAACAAUGAAUGUAUUGAAUAUUUCAACAACAACAACUACAGCAAAGACCAACAACGAUUUGAUCGAUUCCAAUUCAACGUUUGUCAAUAAUGGUAUUAUUAAUAAACUCAAAUCGUCUUCGUUGUACGUCAUGGUUGAAUCUUCUACAUCAUUAUCAAAAAAAUCAUUGCCCAAAGCUAUUCAUAACACAAUCUCAACUUUUACAACUCCAUCUCCAUAUUUGAUUUCGACUAUAGAUUCUACUAUCAAUCUUGAAAAUGGUGACAAAAAAUUUUCCGCUGUUAACAGGAGUCAAAUUUUUAGUCAUAAAAUGGAAACAUUAUCACCUAAAUAUGUUGAUGAUGAUAAUGGCAACAAACAAAACGAACAUCAACAACAACAACAACAAAAAUCAUCUGAUCAAAUGAAAAUUUAUUCCAUUCAUCCAAACGGAAGCCAUCAAAAUCAUCAACUAAAAUCAGUUGACAAUACGAAUAUUGCCGUUUUGCCUGUCAAUGACAUUCAUUCAGAUGGAAUCAACCAUGACAACAAAAAUGAUGAUGAUGAUGAUGAUGAUGAAAAAAAGAAAUCGAUAAAUUUGCAUUACGAUUCAAACAAUCACAAUCAAUUACCACAACAAAUACGACCACCUAAGUUGAAGCAAAAAUCAACGGCAGUAACAAAUCAUUCGACAAAUCGAUGCUUGUCAACAACAGAUACUGCUGUUGAUGUUAUUCGAUGCAAUGAUUCCAAUUCAACAAAGGCCAAAACAUUUUCAUUUCCAAUCGAAAUGGUGACAAAUAGCAGUAUCCAAAAUGUAAAUUAUUAUCAUCAUUCAUUGUUAUCAAAUGAAACAUUUUCAUCUGUCAAAAAUGAUUCAAUUGAUACAAUGACAAAUAAUGUGACAAAUGAUGUUGACGUUGACAUUAAAGGUGACAAACAACAAAACCAAUCGUAUCAUUAUGUUGAAAACAAAAUUAACAAUGGCAAUAAAGAUGUUAUUGAUGAUUUAAAGUCAUCAUCAUCAUCAUCAUCGAUAUUUUGUCCUGCUGAACAUGAUGAUAAUCAUAAUAUAAUUUGGCCACUUACUGAUUCGGGUAUCAUGUCUGUACAGCCAUGUCCAUCAGAUGAAUAUUAUGGUACAAUGUUUCGAUUAUGUCAUAAUUUUGUCAUCUCAUCAAACAAUAGCAUUACGUCAAAUCAUCAUCAUCAUCAACAUCAUUCUAAAGCCAUUUGGAUGGAACCUGAUAUGAGUGAAUGUCGUUUGACAAAACUUCGUGAAUUACAUUAUCUGGUGAAUCAACAUUCACGAAAACAUCUUAUCGAUGGCCUAUUCUUAUUGAUUAUUGAAUUAAGAAAUUUAUUGAUCAAACAAAAUAUAUACAAUGUAUUGGAUCAUAAAGAUUCACUUUUAUUAUUUAAUUCAAUUUUACAUCAUAUGACUGAACAUAAAAUUCGUUUUGAUCGUUAUGAUUAUGAACAACAACGUACAAUGGUACAUUUUAUUCAGUCUGUCAUUAUCAUAACGGAUCGUUUAUUGGAACCAAUCAAUCAUAAUGUUCGUAGAAAUAAUGAAUCAAUAAUAACUGAAUUAAUACAGUUAAUUAGUUCGGUACGACUUUUGAUGGACAAUUUGUUACGUGCCUUCAUAUUAGCUUGUCAGGAUGGCUCAAUUGAACAUUUGAACAGUAUUAUUGGAAAACAACGACCAUUUUUUCCUUCGACAAAAAAUUUUGGAAUCAAUCUUCGAUAUCAACGUCAAAUUAAACCAAAAUUAAUAACACUGGUGCAAACAAAUCAAACAAUUGAUUUUAAUGAUAUGUGUAAUUUAUUGAUGCCUUCAUCAUCAUCAUCAUCAUCAUCAUUAUCAUCAUUGAAAGAAACGUUAUACAAUUCGAAUGCUCCAUCGACAAUCAUCGUUAAUGGUAUGAAUGAAUUGGAUGUGGGCGUUACAGAAAUCUGGUUCAAUAAUAUAUUUGAUCAAACAAUCAGUACGACAGCAAUGGCCAAACAAAAUAAUGAUGAACAACAUGAACAUAAUUCACAUUCAUCAAAAAUAAUGAUGAUGAAUAUAAGUAAUCAAAUACUGUCAAUAUCAUUAGUACCAGCUGUAUCAAUACAAGUUAAUUUUGAAAUUGCUCCUUGUUUCGAAGUGGUCUUCCGAUUCUAUGAUGAUGAUGAUGAUGACAACAGGAAACAUUUUGAAAAGAAAAAUUGUAACAAUAAUAAUAAUAAAACAAUAAUAAUGAAGGCCAAUAUUUCAGAAGAUAAGUAUAAAAUAAACAGCUCAAAUUUCGAUACAAAUACUAACAAUGAUGAUGGCUGUUUCUUCAAUCGCCAUCAACAACAUCAUCAUCAUCAUCAUAAUCAUCAUGUUUAUAAUGAAUCUAUCAUCAAAACAAACAAAUCAUCAUCAUCGUCAUUGACAACAGUCAAUACAAUUCACUGCGCUCGAUUGAUGAUAUCACAUCGUAAACAACCUAUAUGGACAAUCGAUAAUGGUGGCUGCCGUACAGCUAGUUAUAAUGGAACACAUCUUCGAUGUCUUUGUAAUGAACCCGGUUUGAUUGGUGCCGUUAGCCGGUGGUCUGUUGUAGUAGACAAUAUAAAUAAUAAUAAUAAUACAUUACAGCUAGUUAUGAAUCAAACAACAACAUCAGUAACAAUAGUGAAUGGUGAAAAUAAUUUACUUGAAUCAUCCAUGGAUAAUGAUGAUGAUAUGACGACGGAUAAAACUUAUUAUCGACAUAAUAAUAAUAAUAUAGCUGCUCGUAUAAUACGUUCAAGCGGUUUUCAUAUUUCACCCGGAACUAUGGCACCAUCAAGCCAUCAUUUUCUUUAUGAUAUCAUAUUAUAUACAAGUCUUAUAUCAAGUGUCAUAUUUUUCUCAUUGACCUUGAUUAUUCAAUAUCGACUACGGCAUUAUGAAACUCGAGAAACAUUUUUCAUUAUUAGAAAUCUAGUAAUUGCACUUUUGUUGAUUCAAUUGACAUUUUUAUUGGGAACCACGAUUCAUAUGGAUCUUUUCUGGAUCCGUGUCGAACAGCUAUCUACCGGUUUCGAAACGACAGCCUUCUCCAAUCAAAUUAAACAUAUUUUAUGUCUUUCCGUGCCAAUAUUUUUGCAUUUCAUUCAUUUGGCUUCAAUGUUUUGGAUGUUAUCGCAUACGAUUCUUUUAUAUCAACGAAUGUGGCGUCGUCAUAAAGAACCUUCAUCAACAGCAGCAGCAACAUCAACAUCAUCGUUAUCAGCGAAUAUAUCGAUAAAUUCACAGAAUCCAUCUCAUAAACUACAAACCAAACGACGACGACAUCCAUUUAAAACAACGUCAUCGUCAACGGUGAAUGAUAUAAUGACAAUGAAUGAAUUGGGUGCUUUCAGUCAUGAAUGUAGACGAAAAUUUCUGAAAAAGUUAAAAACACAGAACCAUCAUCAGAUCAUGAUGGCAAAUAUUAUGGAUGAAAAAUCCAUCGACCAACAACAACAUGAUAAUAAUGGUAGAUGCUCGAUAUUUCAAAUGAUCAAAAGAAAAUUCCAUAAAUUUUGUCAAAAAAAUGUGUCAUCCAAAUUCUUUCAUAUGAAAAAGAAAUCCGAUAUAAAUGGAUCGACUCGUUUUAAUGAAAAUAAUAAUAAUAGUUUAUCAAAAAUAAAUGUUCCAUUCAGUUCACUACAACAGCAACAACAUCAGUCUACAGAAAUGUCCAAUGUUAACAAAGAACCAUUGUUAUCAACUUCAUCAUCAACUUUGGAAACAAAAUCCUCAUCAUUAUCAAUGAAAGAAAUCAAAACCAAUUUACCAACAAAUCAUCAUCAAAAAUGUUCCUUAUCAUCAUCAUCAUCGACAUCAUUGUUGUUGCCGAUAUGA